AUGCCAUGCCCAACAAGCAAUCAAAAAAAAUCAAAGAAAGCCUAUGAGGCAAAAGAACAUAAGCAUAAUAUUGAUGCUAAUAAUUCUGAAUCAGAAAAUUCUAAUAACUUUUCUUAUGAUGAAGCAGUUGAAAAUAACAAUGCUGAAAGUAUUAUAAAAAGAUUUCAAGCUACAGCAAACAACUAUUAUAGCAACAAUAAUAUGCUAGAAAAUUAUGAUAAUGAAAGUCUUUUUGCUCAUAAUGAGCUAAUUGAGAUUGAGAAUGAUAAUGCUGAAGGCUUUGUAAAAAAACUUUUAAAUACAGCAAAUAUCUUUUAUCAUGAAAAUGAUUCCAACAAAUCCCGAACACCUACAUUGUUUACCUUUUGGAAUCAAGACAAGACUGUUGAAGAAGAUGUUGAGGCAGAAUUACUAUCAGAAGAUGAAAUUGAAAACUCUAAUUGGCAUAAAAAAAUCAAAACUACACUUGAAAACAUAGUAUUAGAUAUCAAAAAUGAGAAUGUAAAUAGUGAAGUUUGGAUAUGUCUUAAUAGUAUUCGAUUUUAUUUUCAACUUAUAAAGCACAAUUAUCGGAAAAUGGAAGCAAGUAAGAUAGUUGCAGAUGCAGCAGGAAAAGAAGUAUACCAUGCUAGAUUUGCACCACUACUAACCAUUUCUCUUAAUACUGCAAAAAAUUAUCUGAAAGAGCUUGGUUAUGUAUAUGAAAGAGUAAAAAAAGGGAUUUAUAUUGAUGGACAUAAAAGAGAAGAAGUAGUAGCCUAUCGAAAAAUAUUUUUAGAACGAAUGAGUAAACUUGAACCUAGAAUGUCUGUAUUUUCAGGUGAUAAUAUGGAAAUUCCUGAAGGAGAACAACCGUUAAGAAAAAAAGGUGAAGGAUGUUCAAUUCAUGUUAGUGAAUUUCUUAUGGAUGUUCGUGGCCGACUUUUGCUUCCUGAAGAAAUGCAACUAUCAGAUACGCUUCCUAGAGAAACUUGUGUUAUUAUAUGCUCUGCCUGUUUCCCAAGAUGUCAAGCAUUAUUUGCUUUUGAUAAUAUAAAAAGUUAUACUUCUUAUGCGUCUGAUGCACUUGUUGCAAAAAAUAUGAACCUUAGUUCUGCUAGCAAACAAGAAAAAAUACGCAGCAUAUCAUAUUUUC